AUGACGCCCUCGCCUUCGUUCCGGGAGAAACAGCGGACGAUCAAGGCGCACUCGAUGCCCGCCGUCCCCUCCCUCGGCCAGGUCCUCGCAAGCCAGAACGGCCAGAUAUCGGCGAUGUACCCCCAGCCUCAGCAGCAGCAGCCGAGCCCUACCGCGUCCAAUUCGUCCCACCAAUCCCGCCGCUCGCCUCCCCCGACGUCGCGCAUCUCCCCAACGACGUCUUCCAAGCUCGCCUCCGGCCCCGCAGAGCGAUCAGGCUCUCCGGCCCCGCCCCUCCACCACGCCCACAGCACACCCGUCGUCCCACAACUCAUCAGCCAGUCCUUGCCGAACCCGCACCAUCCCCGACCUGUCCCUCGAGCGCCGCCGCCGCCGUUCCUGAACCAAUACCCGAACUCGGACGACCGGUGGGCGGUGACAGAGGAGCUCAUGGCCGAGUUCGAGCGUGAGCACUACGCUUCUCACCCGGCAGGCAUCGCCGGGGUCGCGUACGCUGGAGGUGCGGCGUCUAGCAACCUCAAGCGCCACGACCCGCUCAAUGUCAACGUGAACGCCCCAGCGAAGGAUCCGGCCGUAGAGCGCGUGAAGGCGACAGACCGCGCAUCCCCGAAGGACUCGGAUGGUGGGGGAGGAGCGAAGCGCCAGAUGCCAGUGCAGAUGAAGGAACAGAGUGGCCCCGCGGGUGCACGCGAGAGCCCGAAGGGCCACACUCGCGAGCGCUCAGGCACGGUGUCAUCUGCCCAGGCUCAACAGCUCCAAGGCGAGGUGCGUACGCCAGAGUACCGUGGCUCCCCGCAGUACCAGACCCCCAUGGCCAGCCCGAACGAGCGCACCGCAGGCUACACGCAGUACGUGCCGGAGAACUACCAGCAAGGCGCCCAGCAGAACGUGCCGAGGAAGCCCGUUCCGGGAGCUGUUGGAUCCGAUGCGAGCUCGAACCGCCUCACGCCCCCCGCAUCGUCGAAGCUUGCCACGAACACGCACACACCCCCGUUGCAGGUUAUGGGCUCCCGCCCGCCGGAUCGCUCGCUCCCGUUGCAGGAACCCGAGGAGGAUAACGGGCACGAGGACUUUGACCAGGACGAGCCGGAGUACUCGGAUCGGCAUCAUGGAUCUCCCACGCCUUCCUCUGACUUGUAUCCUGAAGGCCACACGAACCGUUACGACAACCGCCACGACGAUGACGACGAUGACGACGGCACCCUCAACGAAGAGGGCGAAGAAGAGCGACAGCAAAACAAGGGCAGCGAGGACUCCGAAGCGAGUGGGUACACCCCUCGUUCCCCGUCCACGACGCUCCCCGAACGACCUCCGAACGUCCCGUAUGCCUCGCAAUCAAACCAGUAUGUGGAGAACCAGAAGACGAUCCGCGCCGCCAAGCAUCGUUCAGGGAUCACUGAUCAACUCGGUAUGCGUAGCUUUGAUCCGACGAUGUUCGAGCGCGACACCGUCAACAACCUGAGGAACGGCAGCGCUCAGGACGUUCCGUUGGCUGGCACACGGGAGCGUGCAUCGCAAUCGCCUCAGCAACAGCCCUCGCCUCCUCAACAGGAUCCUCAUAGACAGCAGAUUCCUUACCCUCCGUAUGAUCCUCGUCAGUAUUCUAUGAACCUGAACCGCGUUCUCGACCAGCGGCUUGGAUACGGAUGGAAUCAGACGAGCGUCCAAUCCGACGACAUGCAGAGCCUCAUUGACGACCCUACGUCCUCGUACCUCCGGACUUUCCUGGGCUCAGGGAGCGUCCGACCUGGUGCACCCAUUCCGCCUACUCCCCAGAGCCACACCGCAGCCCCUUCUCCCUCCCCGCUCAUCUCUGCCACUCCCUCCGACAUCGAGCCCAGGCAGAUCGGCUCGCCGUACCCAUACCCAUUCACGCACAUCCGCCGCUCGACGGUGUCCGGCCCCACGCCUGCGCUGUCCUCGACCUACGAUCCGAACAACCCGAACAUCAUCCGCGAGCAGCUCGCGCUGCAGAUGCAGAUCUAUGCACUCAACAACGGCCUUGCGCCUCCCUCCUCCGAGUCCGCGUUCUCCCCGUCUUCGACGCCCUUCCCGGGCCCUGGAUACAACCCGUGGGCGUUUGUACCUGCUGGUGGGGGUCUCGGACUCAAUGACCAGUCAAUGGCGGCGAGCAUCCGGUCGAGUCCGAGUCAUGAACCCGUGAACUUGCCCCCACCCCCGGCGAUGCGCGGACGGGGGUUGCGGCGGCGCGAACAGAACGGGCACUUGCACGCGCAACCGACUGCUCGGCCCGCUCGUAGGGCCAAGCCUCCUCCGCGUGUCGAUAGCACCCAGCCGAGGGAGACAAGUCCGGAGCCGUCGUCUGGCGAGGAGACCGCAGGUGAAGAGCGCUUCGUCGAUCAGUACGUCAGGGAGCUGGAUGGGAGCGUGAGCGGGAAGGGACGGGACUGGAACGGAACGGAGAUAGAGGUCUCGCCGGCUGCAGAUGACGACGGAGAGUGGGUCGAUGAGGAAGAGGAUGGCGAGGGGGAUGAUCUGUUGGACCUGGAAUUCCACCCCACAUACGUGAGCAACCCUCAGAAGCGGAGAAGACGGUUCGACACGCGUUGGGAUGCUUUGGUCCAGGCAUUCCAGGCUCUCGAUCGCGAGACGGAUGCGACCUUGGUCGUCCUUGCUGCGCCAUCUCACACUACCAAGCUUCACUCACUCGCGUCGCGGUCGCUCCGCCGGGACCCAGCCCUCAUCAAUUCUACAGCGCUUGCGAGCGUCCGUCGCUCCUUCUCGCAUCUCGCGGCUGAGCGCCGUGCUGCACGCAAGGCUCAACGCAUGUCGCUCGCGGAGCGCUUGUCGAACCGUUCCGAUUCGUCCGCUGACGGCUCGCCCGGCUCUGGCACCCCAGGAGAGGUUGACCUCCGUCGUGCUCUGGACACCGCGCUCGGCAGUCUUGGUGCAUUGUCCACUAUCUACGAGCAGAGGGAGGCGCGGUGGCGCGAUGAGAUGCGCAGACUCAACGAGGACCGCGAGCGCGUCGAAUUGCUGCUGGCCCAGGCGUUGGGUCCAGUGUUGUUGAAUGGGCACAUGGACAGCGCUUUGCACGAGCUUCUCGCAGCGAAGGACUCAGAGAUUGCGCUUCUCAAGCAGAAGCUAGCCAUUUACGAACCAUUGCAAGCAUCGUUAGACAGCGCAGGCGCUCUGGGUGCCUUGAGCUUUAGCAAUAAUGAGAUGGCCUAUAGCGGCCCCCCCUCGCGUAGGAGUGGUGGAAGACCAAUCCAGGAUGGAGGUGCUUCGCAGGGGAGUCCAGGCAAGCUAAUUGAUACCGACGAUCCUGACAAGGAAGCCGCUCAACUUGUGGGUCCAGACCCUGCGCAGGCUGGAUCGCCUUCGCCAACCCAGAAGAAGCUCGAUCUCCAGGAUGAUAUCGAACUCUCAGAUCCCGCAUCCGAUAGGGAGAUCGUCGGUUCCUCCAACUUGUCCGGGAGAGGAAAACGUCGGAGGAAGGUUACGUGGAAGAUCCGAGAGGGGUUUGAUACCAAGACCAGGAGUAACAUCUUGUCGGACAACGUGUGCCAGCGUAAACAACGUAAACUCAAUGCUGCGACUCACCUUCAAAGGGACAGGAUCAAUGCAAAGAAGGAAUCAGAUGGCAGCACUCGAUUUGCUCAUUGGGAUGAACAGGACGUCAAACCGAGUGUCCCAAUGGAGAGACCCAAAAAGCCGAAGGUCAAGGAAUCCAUCAAAGAAGAAGUGCUGCCGGAGAGGCUUGUUUCAGAUGACCAAAUCUCAGUCAAGGACGACCCGCAAUCGCUAUCCGGUAUGGGAUUGAAAGACAGCUGCAACGUCAAUGUCGGGCAGCUAGUAAAUCCCAAAGCCGAAGUCAAAAAGGAAUUCCUUCUGAAAGAAGAAGACCUCCUCCAGCUCGUCGCCCCCUCUGCCCUCUGCCCGCACCCCAUUUCUCUCCCCAGAAAUCAACGAUUCGUUACCAUCACCCGCGAACAGCUCAAGCAACGCUUCGGGGGCAAUACGAUGGAGACGUUUCCCCGCCCCAGCGCGCAACGCAUCGCCGCACACGGCUACAACAACUUCAUGUGCAUCAAUCUUCUCUGGAACCCACACGGACCCCAAAUCCCCGGGCAUGGGGGGCUUUUCUUUGAGACGACGGUAUGGCCGGGAGAUCCAUGGACGGCAAAUCCCAAGCAUUCGGCGGUGCAAGUGUUGUUCACGAGGGUGUCCCAAGGAAAGUGGUUGUACCUUGGCGAGUAUGAGUUGAGCGACGCUAGACCAUUGACGGUGGAGCAGUGGAAUGGGAUGCAUGAAGGGAAUCGAGUCAUUUGGCCGAAGGAGAUCGCGGAGAGAGACUGGGGCAUUUCGGUGCGCGCCCGCAUCCACCACCGCAGAGCGCUAGGUCGCGAGCCUACUCGAGAUGAAGUCGAGAAUGCACAAGGCAGAUUCAAGAACAUCAUGAUGGAUCAAGUACGAGCUGCGCUCGACUCGGGAGAAGAGUCUAUCCAGGCGUGGUCCAUGAAGUGCGUCGGAUAUGAUGAAGACUUCCAGAGAGAGGUCAUUAGGCUCGCAGGAAGAGGCUGA